AUGAGCACCGAUUCUGCCCAGCCGCAGGCGCAAACAUGUGACAUUGUCGAUUCCGCCGACGACAACUCAUUUAGAUUCACCCCUAUCAAGGCCAUACGCGCGCUGCCCCGUAUUUGGGAGCGCAAACCAUCUACGCCAUUCAAGGCCGGACUGAAACCACGAAAGCUCUGGAAGCGCGUCCAAACGUCAUUUUCCGGCAUGCAGCCUUUCCAAGAUACGAGCUCCAUCAUCGAGAGCGACGCGCUGCAGUCCGCGAUCAAUUCGACUAAGGAUUCAAAUUUUGUUCGUGGCACAAAGCGCAUGCGUGUCGGCUCGGACGAAACUGAAAGUUCAGCAAGACUUCCUCAGUCGGGACGUCAAUUUUUCGAAACAAAGUGGGAAUCGGAGGCAUCCCGGAAACGACGCAAAUUACCUGACUCGCCCUUCGAUAUCUUUGAUGAAAAAUCAGAGAGCGCGCCUAUUCUCGAUAGCUUUCAAAAGAACCAAGCACUGGGCACUGAUGAGAAGAACGUCUCAGCCUCUCGACAUUUCCAACAACCCCCGAGCACCUCGGUUUUCCAAGACAACGCGCUGACCCCGAUCCCGGAAUCACUCGUCUCCGAUACAAUUGUGACCACGAUCAACGAGGAAUCGAAAUCGGUAGAUGAGGAACAAGCCGGCCUCAGAAACGAUACAUCUGGAGAAGGAAACGCCGACGCAGCACCAACACCCACAAAAGCCGUGCGGGCUCUGACCCAAGAACAACAAGGCAAGCUCGUACGAUCAGCACUACGGAGCUCGCUUGACGGGGAGGAUGCUGAGCUGCUCAAUGACUUUUUGUCCAAGGCGAAGGCGAAGCGUGCCGCCAAGGCAACACUGGUCAAUUCUCAAGGAGGAGAGAUGGAUAGUCUCGAAAACUCCUCGAGCCCAGAGGAGCCAUUGAAUGCUGAUUGUUCGACACCAAGGUCACGCCGUGCCCUGGAGGACUUGGACACCAACUCCCCAUCUCCUGUUAAAGUCCAGGUUUCGCCCUUGAAGGGCGAUGUGAUCCCUGGCGAUGAGUCCCAAGCAAUUAUCAUUCAAAAAGAUGUUCAGACCGAGGAGCCUGCCCCUGCAAGCUCUACAUGCCGGCGCAGCACUCGUGUCAAAGCUCCACCAGCCAACGCGCCUUCUGGGCGCAACACGAUCUCUCUUCGCCGGGCCAAGGGAACAGAGUUUGUCUUUCUUCAGCGUACCGAGGCGCAGGAACUGGCAUUGGCUACGAAGCGAAACACCCGCAAUAACCGGGGCAAUUCAGUUAUGCCCAAAUAUGCCCUCGAGGCGAUGAUGCGGCCCGAUCAAGUCUCAGAUGCCACCGAAAAUGAUCGACAAGAACGCUCGGACCGAAAGGGUCACAGUAGCCGCCGGCCACGCAAGCAAGUCUCAUGGAACGAGGAGCAUCUGGCCGAGUACGAAGAUGAGGUACAGCCCUCAGACAUGCAAGUAGAAGAGGUGGGGGAUCACAGCAAGCAUAACGUCGGCGGUGUUGCUUCUCGCGCACGAUCUGGAGCAAAGCGAUCGGAGAAGAAAAUAGCUUCGAGUCAUCGCAGUAGCUGUAGCCAGGUGCAACAGCCCGCCACCGAGCAGAGUGCAGAUGUUGAAAGCGACCCAACCACCUCGACUGCAGCCGUCUCUUCAGCCACGCCGCGAUCACGACGGGUGCGGCGCUUAGGCGAAUCGACCAUGACCUCGGGCACCCCUGUGAAGACAGGCAGUGGACGCAUCCGCAAGCCUUCGGCGGCCUCAGCCCCCACAGUGGCUGCUGGAGGGCCUUCGACGCCCACUAAGGGACCGCGCCGGAAGUUGACUCCCAAGUCCCCCAGCUCAUCGAUGCUGCCUACUCCGGCUGUGAAAAGCACUGAACAGUCGUUUGCCAGUGGAAUUCCUACACGAAGCACCAAUAGCGAAGCCCCGCAGCGCAAGAACAUGAUUGAAGCCAGUGCCGGAUGCACACCGAUGCCGCGACGGGUACGGGCUCGGUCGUGA